AUGGCGGCGGAGUCAUCACUUCUUUGCCACUCGCGAAGCAGCUCCAGCUCUAAGCCAGGAGGAAGAUCUGAACCUGCUAAGCAGCCACUAAAGAAACCAAAGUUACCAGUAGGUCGGUUUGAUGAACCAGAAGAGUCCAGCAUGGAGAAGGAACCCCUGGAAAAAUUCCCUGAUGGAAUCAAUCCUACUACAAAAGAGAGGGGUGGACCUAGAGGCCCUGAACCUACACGUUUUGGAGACUGGGAGAGAAAAGGACGUUGUAUAGAUUUUUAAUAUUUAAAUAUCUGUAUUGCUAAUAAAAUAUUUCUAGUUGAUGAAAAAUAUAAUGUACAGAAAAAAUCUCACCUGGAUUUGUUGUGCUUAUUGUUUCUGUUGUGCCACCACAUUCUGUCAUGUGAUGAAGUUUCUGAAUAAUGCAAUGUAAUUAAACACAAUGCUGCAGCUCAGAUUAUGGAGCUGUUAGUAGUUCAA